AAAAAAAAAAAAAAUUUUAAAAUGCAUCCAUUAACGAAGAAGGAUUCAUAUUCACUUUAUAUUUUAACAACAACUCUUUUCGUGUAUGUGAUAAAUUUCGCGAUAACAAAUCCAACUAUAUUAACAAAAGAAUUUCCACCAAAAUUGCCAACAACAGUAUUCUUAUCGCUUUAUUUUAUUCCAAAAUUACUUUUCAUAAUUCUUUCACUUGAACCUAUUAAAACGAGAAAAAGAUGUUAUACUUUAAUAGUGUUAUUAUUUUUAUAUUUAAUAAUUCCAUUAAGUUAUCGAUUAAAAUAUCAUCCAGGAAUUAUGACUAAUGUGAUAGUUUUCACAGGAAUUUAUUCUUUUAAAAUGAGUUUGUUUAUAAAGUACAAUAGAAAAUACUUACCUGAUACCAAAAUUAAUCAACAAAAAGAAUUUACUCCGUAUAUUUUAACACUUAAUAGUUGGCGUCAUGAUUCCGAUAUAGAAUCAAAGACCGAAAUCGAAGAGCCGACUAUGAAACAAGUUGAUGAAAAAACCAAAUCACGUGUUUUGGUGUUUAUAUGGAAGCUGAUGAUUUAUGAAGCAGUUUUAUAUUUAUUUGCUAAUUUUCCACAAAAAGUUCCUGAAAGAGCUUAUCAAAUUCGUAUGAUUGAAUAUUUUACGAAAGGGAUUCCUAUUUUUACGUUUACUGCAGCUUCAUUGUUUCAUUACGUUAGUUUUUUUAUUUUCUUUUUCUUAUACCUAUCAUUUCAUUAUGAUAUUAUUGUACUCUUUAGUUUAUUAGCUUUACGAUGCAUGAUUACAAGUCAAUCGAGUACCCCAGAAAAACAUAUUCUUGUCAAAUCAGGUUUAUUAACACCAAUACAAUUUUCUUUGUUAAAAAAUUACUUUAUUACUUAUACAUUUAACACCAAACAUUGUUUUGAUAAUCCCUGGAUAUCAAAAAAUCCAAGAGAAGUUUGGUCAUCACGUUGGCAUACUAUGUUUGCUGAAACAUUAAAAGAACUUGGUUAUCUCCCUUUUAGGAAUCUAUGUAUUAGCUUGGGAAUUACUUCAAGAAAGUUUUGCAAUGCUAUGGGAGUAUUAGGAGCUUUUUUUAUUAGUUCUCUUUUACAUGAAUAUUAUAUUUUAGGAAUGUUUAAUAUGAUUACCGGUGAACAUUUAUUUUUUUUCAUGUCACAUGGUUUAAUAAUGAUUGUUUGGGAACUAGUUUUUACUUCUGAAAGAGAAGAUAAGAUGAAAGCAGAGAAGGAAGGUUAUAAUUUUAGAAAAUACGCGGGCGUGUUUUUGAAGUGGUUAUUAAUGUUAGUAGUUUAUAUAUUGAUUAUACCUGCUUUUGCUGAACCCAUGAUAAGAAGAAUGGAUUUGUGGAUAAUUCCUUCUUUUUUCACUGAUAUUCACAAGAAUUUGGUUUAGAAAUUUC